ACAGUCUUAAUAGCAAACAGUCACGAGACGGGCUUCUCCAGGCAGAAUUAUUUCUACCUAAGAAAUAUAGGCAUCAGGAGUAUGCCCUUUCUCUCACCCUUUUCAGAUUGCAUUAAAAGCAUCCACUUCAAGAAACUACAACUGUGUUUAUUGGAGUGUUGAAUUUGGAAGUAGUGCCAGGAUCCCUGCCACGGCACGCUUGAACCGUGAAACCCAGAGCCUAAUGAGCUGUGUGUGGGCCCUGCAUUCAGUGAUAUCCCAUCUCAAGAUGCUGCUAAUACAGUAGUUAAUUAUUCCUAGCUGAAGAAGUCUAAUAGGAGCAAAAGGAACCGGGGAAAAGCAAUGGCUGCCGCAGCUGAUGGUUUGGGAAGUAUAGCUAUAGAUACCACACAACUUAACAUGUCAGUCACUGAUCCGACAGCUUGGGCUACAGCUAUGAAUAACCUGCGGAUGGUUCCAGUAGGACUAGCUGGACAACAGCUUGUAACAGAUUCAAUCUGUGUACCAGGCUUUGAUCCAAGCCUUAGCAUGAUGACUGGAAUCACUCCGAUUAACCCAAUGAUACCAGGCAUGGGGUUAGUGCCGCCACCACCACCGACAGAUGUGCCUGUAGUCAAAGAAAUAAUUCACUGCAAAAGCUGCACGCUCUUCCCUCCAAACCCAAAUCUUCCACCACCUUCAACAAGAGAGAGACCUCCUGGGUGUAAAACAGUGUUUGUUGGAGGAUUACCAGAAAACGCAACGGAGGAAAUUAUUCAGGAAGUCUUUGAGCAGUGUGGAGAUAUAACAGCAAUUCGGAAAAGCAAGAAGAAUUUUUGUCACAUUCGUUUUGCAGAGGAGUUCAUGGUUGAUAAAGCCAUUUACCUUUCUGGUUACCGCAUGAGAUUAGGAUCUAGCACAGACAAAAAGGAUUCAGGUCGCCUUCAUGUUGAUUUUGCUCAGGCAAGAGAUGACUUUUAUGAAUGGGAAUGCAAACAAAGAAUGCUGGCCAGGGAAGAACGCCACAGACGCAAAAUGGAAGAAGACAGACUGCGCCCUCCUUCUCCUCCGGCAAUAAUGCAUUAUUCUGAACACGAAGCUGCUUUGCUGGCUGAGAAAUUGAAAGAUGAUAGCAAGUUUUCAGAGGCCAUCACAGUGCUGCUUACCUGGAUUGAGCGAGGUGAGGUGAAUCGUCGCUCUGCAAACCAGUUUUAUUCGAUGGUGCAGUCGGCCAACAGCCACGUCCGCCGUCUCAUGAACGAAAAGGCCGCUCAUGAGCAAGAAAUGGAGCAAGCCAAGGAGAGUUUCAAAAAUGCCUUAACGGGGAUCCUCACUCAAUUUGAGCAGAUUGUCGCCGUUUUCAACGCUUCUACCAGACAAAAAGCUUGGGACCAUUUCUCGAAAGCCCAGCGAAAGAACAUAGACAUUUGGCGAAAGCAUUCUGAGGAGCUUCGAAAUGCUCACAGUGAACAGCUCAUGGGAAUCCGCCGGGAAGAGGAGAUGGAAAUGUCCGAUGAUGACAGUGGUGACAAUCCCAGUAAAAAGCUGAGAGUAGAUGAUUCAGCUCUAGCCGCCCAAGCAUAUGCGCUCAAGGAAGAGAACGAUAGUCUUCGAUGGCAGCUGGAUGCUUAUAGGAAUGAAGUGGAGCUCCUGAAACAGGAGAAAGGACAACUCUUCCGAACAGAAGAAAGCCUUACAAAGGACCAGCAGCUGCAGUUCCUACAGCAGACAAUGCAAGGCAUGCAGCAGCAAUUGCUGAGCAUACAGGAAGAAUUAAAUAACAAAAAAUCCGAACUGGAGCAAGCCAAGGAAGAGCAAACACAUACACAAGCGAUGCUUAAAGUCCUGCAGGAACAGUUAAAAAGCGCCAAGGAAUUAGCAGAAAUCAAUGGGCACGAUGAAUCUCAGGCAAAUGAAAUCAAUGUAUUGACAGUAGCAUUGGUCAACCAAGACAGAGAAAAAAAUUCAGAGAAACGAAGCCCGGGUCUAAAAUCAGAGAAAGAGGCACUAUUAAUAGGUAUCAUAUCCACAUUUCUUCACGUCCACCCUUUUGGAGCCAAUAUAGAAUAUCUUUGGUCUUAUAUGCAGCAGUUGGACUCUAGGAUCUCUGCAAAUGAGAUAGAAAUGCUUUUGAUGAGACUGCCACGCAUGUUUAAACAAGAAUUCACUGGUGUAGGAGCAACACUGGAAAAGAGGUGGAAGUUUUGUGCCUUUGAAGGAAUUAAAACUAUCUGACUGUGACAAGUAAUGAAGCUAUGCAGAAGAAGAAUUCCUAGAGCAUGGCAGGGUUAUAAAGUAUUAAAGUAAGAAAUCUGGGUUUGGGCACAUAGUAGUAUGUUUUCAAAGUUAUCCAAGCCUAAUUUUAGUUACAUUUGUGACGUUCUCUUGUGAGUGGAAAUGUAGUUGUGCACCAGUUCCUAAAAUAAAAUAAAACUUAAAAAAAAAAAUUUCAAAAUGUGACAGAUCUGUUUCCUAUGAAAACUGAAGAAAGACACCACAGUCAUAAUGAUUUCAAAAUACUACAUGUCCUACAUCUAAGAAAAGCUCAUUGAGCAAACAGUUAAGGAGAAAGAUUGCCCGGUUAUGGUCGCUAAGCUACAGCGAUGUAUAUGUAAUAUGUAGUAAAACUCAUUAAGUUUCGUUAUUGAAAGUUCUUUCUGUUUAGUAAGAAAAUUGAGUAAUUUUGCAGUGAGGAAAAGCAUACCAAAAGAAAACUUGAAGAUGUGUCUGAAGUUAUUGUAUUUUGUAAAUUAAGUUAUAUGCUGUACCAGGGAUUUUUGCCUUAUUGAAAGAGGCCUGAAAAUGUGAUUGGAGUCCUCAAGAAUGCUUUAUCAAGAAUAUUAUUUUUCUAAUGUAACUAUUCUCCAUUACAAGUUCUUUUAACAUGGAUUGCAUAUCAAUUUUCAUAAACGUGUAAAUAAGGAGGAAACCAGUGUUACUGUAUUGUAUUUGGUAUGUAACAUUCAGGUUUAUGCAUCAAAAUAAAUAUUCAGUUGCAUUACUGUUACAAAUUUUAUAGCAGAUAUAUUAAUUUUUAUCAAUAAAUAUGACUUCUACCA